UCCUGCCGCAUCUCGGAGUCACUCGCAGCCCUGCUUAUCUGCGGCGCGCCCUGCGAUCGCGGGCUCGUAGGGCGGAAGCGCUUAGAGGAGCGAGGCAGGCUAGGCGCUGGCUAGGCAGACUCUAGUCUAGGCGAAGCGGCGCGACACGGAGGCGCGGAAGGCUCGCAGCUGCUAGACUUUGGCAGAGGGAGCUGCCUUGAAGCGCAUGUAGGGAGGGAGGAAAGAAGGGAAGAUGGUCAUUCGGGUUUUCGUCGCGUCUUCCUCUUGUUCCGUGGCGUUAAAGAAGAGGCAACAAGACAUUGUGCGAUUUCUGGAAGCCAACAAGAUUGACUUUGAAGAAGUGGAUAUCACCAUGUCAGAAGAGAAAAGGCGGUGGAUGUAUAAAAAUAUUCCUCAAGACAAACUGCCUGCACAAGGCAACCCAUUGCCUCCCCAGAUCUUCAGCAAUGAUGAGUACUGUGGAGAUUACGACUCGUUUUUUGAAUCCAAGGAAAGUAACACCGUCUUUACAUUUCUUCGCUUGAAGACUAAUUUGGCCUCACAGGAAUCAGAACUUUAGGAAAAUUCCUUGAAGAUUCCAGAAGCACUUUGUCUGGGCGAAUGAAUUCCUCGAUGUUUAGCACGCUACACCUUCCCUCGUGGAUCACUGUGAUACAAGCCAAUAUGCACCAUUGGUAUUUUGCUUGCUGCUGAAGGGAUGAAAAUAAGACAACAGAUACAAAAAUACGGGGUGAUUAGUUGUGUCGGGUGCUCUUCUUUCUUUGCAAAUGUAUCUGUAGUUAAUCCUGUGAAUCAUUGUUCUGAUAUGCACUAUUAUUCCAUUUAAAUGAUGACUUAAGAUUCUCAAGAAUGGCAAAUGGCAGCAGAAUCAGAUCAUGCAUUAUAUAGUAUCAGAGAUUCAAGUGUUUACACUUUGCUGAGUUGAGAAUUACUGCAGGGAUGACUUAUUGUUCUAACUGUGAUUACAAACAUCUUGAGCUUGCAAAGUUCUCAUUUUCCAAAAUACCAAAAAAAUUACAAUAAUUCUCCUUGCAGAACAUCUCAUUUUUGUGCUAUAUGUGCUAAUGUGUUUUUAUUGCCAUAAAUGGGCCUAAUAUAUAUUCCUGGUCGAAGCAAGAGCAUCAAUAUACGGUUGGGAUUCAGCCGUACAAUGUAUAAGCCUUUCUGCAUAAAUGCCUAAUUCGAGCAAGGAUGUUUUUGCUUUGAUGGCCAUCUAAAAAUGACCUCUUAGUCUCUCGACCUGGGAGAGACUGAGUUCAGGUGUUCAAGAACAAUCCCAAAUCAACUGAUCAGCAAAAGUAGCAAAGAAGAAGUGAUCUGUGUCAUUCUGAACAAUAUUGCCAAAUUAUAUUUUUCCACAUGCCUUCAAUGUCAGUGUCAAGCAUUCAUAACAGUUAAUGCUGUCAAUUAAUUGUAGGGUCAAGUUCAAAACAUGGAGUGUACCAUACAUGGUGAGCAACAUCUGUACAAGACGGAAGCCAUGUUCAAUCACUUUAAUGGGGAAAAGGGCAGGGACUUUUCAAGAAAGGAACAUUUUCUGCCUAUAAAAUUUGGUACUUCAUAUGAUUGUGUUGGGUGAAGACAAUAUGGUAUCUUCCACUUUUAAAGCACAUAAGAACAAACAACCCAGUAAUAUACAUCUCUAAAUGGGUGGAACUACAGAAAAAUAGCUCAGCCAGGACAUUCUGUUUGGAAGUAAGUCCUAUUAUAUUCAAUUAAAUUUAGCCCCUGACAAGUGCACACUUCUUAUUUAGAUUCCCGAACUCUUAUAAAAAACAUCCCACCUCUUCAUCAGUACAGCUAGUUUUGGAAAUCAGCUGCCUUCUUGUCAAAGACACUCUUUGGUUGAAAAUUGGGCAGCUUCUGCCCCAUUUUGCUUUGUGGUUUAAAGUUGAGCAGGUUCUGUUUGGCCAUAGCUACCAUUACCCCAAGGACCUCUUUAUAAUUCUUUAAAAAUGACAGCUGACUGCAUCGAACUGUUUGGAAAUGAAAGUAUGCCAAAGAAGAAGAAAAGCAAAGGGAAGCUAAGGGAGCAGAGGGAUCCUGAUGACAUGGCAGAAAGCAACUUGUUUUGUUUGUCUUGACAAAUGUGCAUGUCUUGCGAUUGGUCACAGCACAAUCGCAUCUACUCUGUGUUUAGAGAAGCUCUUUUGUCAUAGACACUUUGUAAUAGGAGCACUCAGGACCUGCUUUGUUUUUAAAAAUCCAGAUGUGUUCCAUUCCAGUCUUGCACUCUAGAACAACAUGUAAUCUUUGGGAUUAAAUUACUUGAUGAAGUGUGUUAAUUUUAUUGUAUACAGUUUCCCAUCUGUUAGAGUUCUGUCUUAUCUUUCAUCAAGAUGUUCUCUUUGAGCCUCUUGAUUAGGGCAAUAAAUUCAGGUAUUCUGUUUAGAUUUGGGGUGCAAAAAUCUAGAUGACCAAUAAAUCAGGUUUCCCCAACCAGUAUUGGUCCAUGGGUUGUUAGGAGGUGGAGGUGAGCUGCGGGCGAGUGAGUGAAACUAAAACAAUUCUCCCCCCCCUCUUCUCCCCGGUCCAUGGCAAACUUGUCUUCCAUGAAACCAGCUUCUGGUGCCAAAAAGGUUGGGGGCUGCUGCCAUAGAUGUUAGAAAAAGGCAGGCCGCCUCCGAAAUCACCCUAGCCCUUGGCUGCCAUCUAGUGGUCACUGAUUUUUCAGCUGCAUCCAGGGGAAAGAAUAUAUUAAUAGUGAAACCAGGUAAGCGUGAUCUAUAUUCAGUUACUCACUCAAAGCUCAGGGAAGUUUCUGAAGUAUUUGUUAUGAACAGGCAUUCCAGGGGAGUGGGAAACUUUUAAGAAUCCACUGUGUUAUCCAUUCUAUUGUAUACAUGCAAACCCUUGUUAGAGUUAAAAUAGGAUGAGAUUUUAGCUAAUUUUAAUGAUAAGAUGAUGUAAAUUUAGAUUUUAUUGUUGCUUUGGAUUUUGGAUUUUUUGGAAGAGAGAGCAUAUUAUUAGAAUGCAGUUACAAAAAGUGUCCUGUUUUCAUGUCUGAAUCCGAUCACUUAAGCUCACUAGUGAAUGCUAUUCUAUAUUUAAUUAAAUGUUUGGCUUUUUUUAAAUUAAAAA